AUGAACAUGGCCUUUUUAUCUGUGGAGCACAAAUCCCUUCUCUCGCUCCUCCUCCUCCUCUACCUCACAUGCCUGAGCCAGUCGGCCAACAGCAGCUCAACCGGUCCCUCAAUCAACAGCACAGCCACAUCCUCGGGUUCCUCCAACGCCACCUCCCUGAAGGGUGUGCCAGGCUGCGGCAAAGGCCUGCACCCCGUGUACAGGUACCUGUGUGACCGCCGGGCGGCAUGGGGGAUCGUCCUGGAGACCCUGGCCUCCUCGGGCUUCCUCUUCAGCAUGGGCCUCCUGCUGGGCCUGCUGCUCUGGUCCCUGUGGAUCUGUGUCUCCUCUAAGACCCAGCGCAGCAGCAUCGGGGGCACGGUGGCCUGCAUGUCCAUGUUCCUGUUUGCCACGGCCGGGAUCUUCGGCCUGACCUUCGCCUUCAUCAUUCGCCUGACCUCUCAGACCUGCCCCACCAGGAUCUUCCUCUUCAGCGUGCUCUUCUCCCUGGCCUUCGCCUGCCUGCUGGCUCGCUGCCUGGCCCUGCUGGGCUUCGCGGCGGCCCGGGGCUGGGGGGAGCCCGCCGUGGCCCUGGGGCUCUUCGUCGUGCAGGUCAUCAUCUCCACACAGUGGCUGAUCCUCGUGCUGGUGCGCGACAAGGGGCCGUGCGAGUACAGCCAGGAGGAGUUUGUCAUGCUGCAGAUCUACGUGCUGUGCCUCUUGGCCAUCAGCUUCAUCCUCUCCAUGCACUUCCUGUGCCGCUCCUGCUCCACGCACAGCUACAGCUACACCGGGCCCACCAACCAGCAGGGCCGACAACAGGCCGCCAUGGUCUUCCUCACGCUGCUGCUGUCUGCCAGCAUCUGGGUGGUGUGGAUCACUAUGCUCACCAAAGGGAACCCGGAGUUGGAGCGCCGGCCUCAGUGGGACGACCCGGUGCUGAGCAUCGUGCUGGUGGCCAACGGCUGGGUCCUACUGAUGGGACACGGGUUGUCCCAGGUGUCCUUCCUCUGCCGGGGCGAGGCCAAGUCACAGGAAGUCCCGCUGAGCUUCGCCGGCUGGACCAGUCCCAGCGCCGACAUCCCAGGGCUGAGGAGUCCGAAGGUAGGAAGAGAAAACGGAAGCUUUGAGUCGGAUGGAGAGAACAGUAGAGGCAGGAGACCCGACGCCUCCCUGCGCUCGCCCUACGAGUCUGGAUUCUCCAUGACAGAUAUCGACCCUGACAAGGAUUACACCAUCCCUCGCCCACAGGCCGACUACAGGGAACCUUCCGAUGAAUAUUCCCAAGAAGAUUAA